AUGAAAAGAGAAAUGUAUGAGAGAGGGCUGCAGGAAUACAUAGACGUAACGCAAUGCAAUAAAGUAGAAACUAAUUGGAUAGAAAAAUUACAUUCAUGGGUUAAGCGUUUGUCUGCUACGAAGUUGACCAAGAAACUAGACCUGAGAAACAUUACAAUGGAUAACCUGGACGUUCCUAAGUUAUUUGCGUUCGCGAAAACACACAAGGAAGGCCAACAGUUUAGACUGGUGGUAGAUAAGGCCAAGGCGCCUACGCGUAAAUUGGAGAAAUCGAUCCAUAACAUUCUUANAAAAGCAAGACAGAAGGAGGUUAUCAAGCUUAAAGAAAACAUUAAACGUACCAUCAGAUGGACACGUCUGAAUGGGGUUACGAUAAUAAGGGCAGAUGAAGCCAAGAACCUGGUUAUCAUGAAAAGAGAAAUGUAUGAGAGAGGUCUGCAGGAAUACAUAGACGUAACACAAUGCAAUAAAGUAGAAACUAAUUGGAUAGAGAAAUUACAUUCACGGGUUAAGCGUUUGUCUGCUACGAAGUUGACCAAGAAACUAGACCUGAGAAACAUUACAAUGGAUAACCUGGACGUUCCUAAGUUAUUUGUGUUCGCGAAAACACACAAGAAAGGCCAACAGUUUAGACUGGUGGUAGAUAAGGCCAAGGCGCCUACGCGUAAAUUGGAGAAAUCGAUCCAUAACAUUCUUAUUCCGCACUUAAGUGGCUACCCAUUUACCAUCUCUAAUCCCGUCGAAUUGAUCCAGCAGUUGAAAUUGAUCACCUCCCCGGAUUGCAUUACGAUUUUGGAUUUUAAAUCAUUGUACCCCUCCAUUAGGAUACCGGCAUGCUUUUGCGCUCUUAGAGACUUUCUAUUUGCAAGAGUAAACGACAUAGCGCUCCACCAGAACGUGUUGGAAUUGGCGCACCUUAUUUGUUAUAGUUCUGUGUUUCAAUUUAACGGGGCAACAUUCUCACAAUCGAGAGGAGUCCCGAUGGGCAGUCCGGUAUCCGGAGACUUGUGUUAA